AUGGCCGUUCGGAGCGGUUUUGCUCCAGCCCCGCUUUUGGAGCUUCGCGCCGAUUUCUUGGAUCGGCGCUGGACCCCCUUCCGGGCGCGCGGAGCGCCCCAGGGGGCGGCGCCAGAGGCACUGCCGAGGGGCUCCAGAAGUUGCCCUUGGGCCGCCGCCCUCCGCAGCCUCGUGGCGCGGCAGGCGCAGCGCGCGGAGCAACGGCCUGCGCCUCGGCCGCCACACCGCAGGCGGCUGCUUGCGCGCCAGGGCUGCGAAUGGCUGGAGGCUCGAGGGAGGGAGGCGUGCCCUGCGCAGUUUGCCUCCAUUGCCACCCCGUGCCCCGCGCAGAGUUUCACAGACCCGCCUCCCGCCUCGGACGCCUCGGGGCGUGCUUUUCACUGA